ACACCUGCAAAUGUCUUGCCAGCUUCUCUCAUGGUACAAGCAAAAGAGACCACCAGCUGUGAGCCAGGAGGAAUCCUCAAGCUUUGUCCUCUUGACCAAGUCCAAAGGAUACAGCAGGAGAAGGCAUCCGAGAUAUAUCCAAUCAAGAAAAAGUCAAGCCAGCGUACACGACUUGCCCUCAUUAUCUGUAAUAUAGAGUUUGAGAAUCUCUCUAAGAGGACAGGAGCUGAAAUUGAUACGAAAAACAUGACAACGCUACUACAAGAUCUGGGAUACAGUGUGGAAGUGAGAGGAGAUCUCACCGCUCCGGACAUGGCCAUGGAGCUGAAGUCAUUUGCUGCCAGGCCAGAACAUGCAUCUGCUGACAGUACUUUUGUGGUGCUCAUGUCUCAUGGGAUUCGAGAGGGCAUCUGUGGAAAGAAAUUCUCUAAGGAUGUCAAUGAUCUACUAAGCAUUGACCAAAUCUUUAAAAGUUUGAACACUCAAAAUUGUCCGAAUUUGAAGGACAAGCCAAAGGUGAUCAUCAUCCAGGCCUGCCGGGGUGACAAUGUUUCCUGGAGAGACCCCACGAAGGGUUCCCUUUUCAUUAUAGCACUCAUCAAGAAUUUAAAAGAAUAUGCCUGGUCCUGCGACCUAGAGGAACUUUUCCGAAAGGUCCGGUCCAGUUUUGAGCAUAUAGUUAGCAGGGCCCAAAUGCCCACCACCGAGAGAGUGACAUUCACUAAAGCCUUCUACCUCUUCCCAGGAUACUGA